AUGUCGACGAACUUCUACGGUCAUCAACAGCCGCACUACUACUCCCAAAAUAUGUCACACAUCCCUCACCAGCACAAUCACCAUGGACGCUCUCGCCGAGCACCACGUUUACCUGCGGCUGCCCGCCACCAUCGUCAACAAAAGCCUCAGAAAGAAGUAGUCGUACCUGAAAACCCAAGCUUAGCUGCAUUCCGCAUGCGAUUCGAAGCUGGACGAUCCUUCGAUCUGGACGACGACCUUGAAUUCUGUCCCAAUCUCCUUACAUUUGACGAGAAGCAGUCUGUUUCCUCGGGCUCUGAUCGUUCCUCGCUGUCAAGCGGCUCCCCCGAAUCUUCGCCAUUACAGCAGCAGAUACAGCCCGACCACCUUUCCUUAUCGGCUACCUCUUCCGCCUUCAUCUCACCUUCAGUCAACAACAAUUCUCUGAAGGUUCACCAACCGUCGGCCAUUCGAUCUGGGACAAGGGCUAUUCCUAUCGUGAAUCCCUCUACGGGCAUUCGCAUUGCAAGCCCGCCUAACAGCAUUUCUCCUGGUCUGAUGCAAACUCUGGCCUCGGUUGGUUGGGGGCCUCAGUAG